UCGCGCCAUGGAUGGCAUCUGUCAAAGUCAAAACUGUCGGGCCGCCGACUUGCAAUUCGUUUGAUUGUAUUGUACGAGUACGUUUUUUUAGUUAAAAACUGAUAUAAUUCAAUAAUAAACUUUACGAGAUCAUCAUCAUGGACGAUCAAGCUUGUCCACGUUGUAAAACCACUAAGUAUAGAAAUCCAUCGCUAAAAUUGAUGGUAAACGUUUGUGGCCAUGCUUUAUGCGAAAGUUGUGUAGAUCUUCUAUUUUUAAAAGGAUCCGGUUCCUGCCCCGAUUGUAACGUGCCACUACGACGGAGCAACUUUCGUGUUCAGUUAUUUGAAGAUGCUAUGGUUGAAAAAGAAAUAGAUAUAAGAAAACGAGUACUAAAAGAUUAUAAUAAAAAAGAGGAAGAUUUUGCUACUCUAAGAGAAUACAAUGAUUACUUGGAAGAAAUAGAAAGUAUUAUAUUUAAUUUAACGAAUAACAUAGAUGUAGUAGGUACUAAUAAAAGAAUUGAGCAGUAUAAGAAGGAAAAUAAAGAACUUAUUAAUAAGAACAAAGCAAAAAUUGGUCGGGAAGAAUUAGAGCUUGAAGAAAUCUUAGAAAUUGAGAAACAAAUGGAAGAGCUCAAGCGAUCAGAGAUACUCCGUCUCGAACAAGAGGCUAAGAAGGCAAAGAUUCGGGAGAAGGAGGCUCUGAUUGACGAGUUAAUGUUUGCUGAUGGUGAUGCCAAAGAUAUCUUGAACACAUUUGCUCAGAAUGUCAUUGCCAAUAAGCAGGAGGCUGAGGUGGUGCCUAUUGUGCCUAAGGUAACUCAUUUCUCCUCUGGAGUGAAGUUCACAAGAGGAGCUAGUGGUCAGCAACCAUUACCAACCUUCGAAGAGGGCCCUCUGUACAAGUAUGAGGCUCCAGUUAUACCAGACCGCUGUGGGCCUGAUGCACCAGCCAUUCAGGAGAUUGUUACUGGUGGAUACUUGCAACAUGUUAGAGCAGAGAACGAAGCGGAGAAGGCUGGUGGUUAUUCAUCAACUCUGCCGUGUUUGCGUGCCCUUCAGGACGCCCUGGCUGGCCUCUACCAUGCCAGCUGACCCGGAGACCCCACCGAAACUGUCAUCAUACUCGACUAGUUGUCUUAGGCUGCAUUCCAACUGAGGAGAAACAGAAAGAAAGAAGAAAGAAAAUUAAUUAAUUUAAAGUGUGAGAUCACAGAGUAGGUAGGUAGUAACAGUAUUUUGUACAGAACUCCUACUGUCUAAGUGGAAAUUAAUCAUACUCAAGAGGAUGGAUGGAAACAUAGUCCCCGUUUUCCUCUCUGGAAAUUAACAUUAUAGAAAAUAUUUUUGCAUGAUGUAAAAACAGCAACACUUAAUCCAUCCAAUAUAAUCAUCCAAUAACUGGAUCGAGAAAAAAACUAUUCUAUUAUUGAACCAGUUAUCUGCCUCUCUAUCGCUCUUGUGUAUUCGAACGAUAGAGAGGCAGGUAACGAAAUUUCGGUUUUCGCGGUAGGCCCUCUGAUCAUAAAAUUUCACGAGAAUCGGUUGAGAAUUGCGACCUGUAGAGAACAUGUCUGGACAUACAAAAGCAUUGUUGCCCAAGCUUAAAUGGAUACCUAUACCUUUGCUGUCGCUCGGUCAAUAAAGACAAUUUGUCCAACCAAUCUGUAAUUUUAGUGCGGAAAUGGUCCAAAACAGGAUAAAACGUUUGGACAAUCAGACUAUCAUUUUAGUAUUUGGGUUUACAAAAGUCAGACGGUGCAAGUGUCAAGUAAACGUCAUAAUUUAUUAGGUCGCUUAAAAUAACCCGUGCACCGUCGGGGCUAUCAAAAUCGCUGCCAACUUAUCUUGGUUUGACUCUAGCUAUGGUUAAUAUAAAGUAAACUGUGUAGAGAUGUUUUCCAUAAUAUGUAUUAACCCUUUAGUCCGUUGCGGCAACAUAUUGGCCAUCAUACUUAAAACAAAAACGCAUCUCUACUAUAAGACUUAAGGUUCGAAAUUGAAUAAUUAGAAGGUUAAUGGCUCCUGUACACGAUGGCCCAGCGCAGGCCAGUCCAAGGGACGCAUUUAUGCGUUAGAGGGAGUAAGUGAUAUUACUAUCUCAUUCCUCCGCAUAGCUGCUUCCCUUAGACUGGCCUACGCUGGGCCAUCGUGUAGAGGAGCUCUAAAGGGUUUAAUAUCUAGGGAGGAAAAUGGGACUAUGCUUGUAUGGCGAAGCGGUUAUACACUAUAGUCUUAAGUAUUGAUUAAGUAAGCUGGAUUUCUCGUUUAAGUAAUUUUGAGGCCGGAAAUAUGACCUUGAAUGACGUAACGUUUGUAUUGCCGUCCUUUUCUUCACGGUGAUUCUCUUGAAGGUAGUUGGAACGUUCCUUUGAAAGCAGCUGUUGAGUUGAGCUAUUUUCAAUAGAAUUACCUGCAGAAGGAGAUAUGCAAAACGAGUGUGAAACUAUGUGGCAGACGGGAUAUCCAGCUUGAGUUAAAAGUCAUUUGCUUUGUUUAAUUAAACUAUUCCAUUGGACUCCUCUAUUAAUUUCGUGGAAAAUUAUAAGUUUAGAAAAGGUGGGAUAAUUUGUGAUUUCUACAUAGUUGUUUAAUUAUAACCUAUCAAUUCGAUUUCUUCUACAAUUUCGAUAACGAAAUGUUUAAUAAAUAAAAAGUUAGAUAGAAAAUCCAAUCAUAAUUUAAAUCAUAUUCAAGUUAUCGGUCGCAGCCUACCUCACAUUAAAUAAAUAUUAAGCGUCCAAUCCCUUGUUCAUCUGAUUAUAGGGAAUGUUAAAGUUGAAAUUAUUAGAGAUUGAAGAGUUGUUAAAAAAAACAAUCUUACGAUCCUAUUAUGAAGAUUGUAUAGUCUAUCUAGCCAUUUCCGUCAGUAGAAAAGGCGGCAAAUUUAAAAAAUGUAGUUUCCUACAAAGUCCUUCGACAGACUAUAUUAACAAUUUUCCAAGUUGAUUAUCUCAAUAUUUUUCAAUAGUGAAAGUGUAAAUACUUAGUUAAGCUAUGUAAUUACUGUGUGUUGUUGUUAUUGUUGUUUGGUAAUAUAUCGAGUGCACUUGAA